UGUAAGCCUUAACAUAUUUCCACAGCUGUUAAUAAUGAAUCCGAAAAGACGCUUUUGUGAUUAGCAAUUGUGGAAUCGUGACUUUCAGUGACAGCUUAAUGCAGCCUGGGAAACUAAAAACCGGGUGAAGCGAUAACAAGCGGCACCUCUUCGGCAGCUCAGUGGGGCUCCGAAGCUAGGCUAGCUACCUGUGUGGUGUAUUGGUGRUUACACAUGCUAACGCAGCGUCCGGUAACCUGCUCCAAACAUGACUCAUCUAUUGGUAGCUGGCGACCAGCAUUUUCACUGCCUUGAGAUGAGCCUGACGAGUUAACCUGUUUGGAGUAACGCGAGAAACGAGAGAGGGGCUUGCUCCACACUAAACACCAGCGGCGGGUAGCCUUGACAACAGCUUCCUCCUGUCGCUAACCGAAGUUCCUCCUCCGCCUGCGGAUGAGGUAGUUUACCGGGCUAGCUAUCUGAAAUCCACCCAGGAGGUGAGUACAUGUCUACUACGGAGUGAACCACAAGGAAAUCCCGCUGUACAUGUUUCGCCAAGAAGUCAGUGUGACGUCUUUUAUCCCAUCUUGUUCGUAUCUAUUCCAACCCGAAAAGAGGAACAUGUCCCGGUACAACAUAUACAGCCUGCUGGACUGGAUUUACGGCGGGGUGGACCCGAAGUUUGAGGGCAACGGGGGGCCCGAGUGCGCAGCCUUCCUCCCCGUCCAUCAGCGCAUCGUGGAGAGCCUGGCCAUCCUCUUCAUCUCGCUGCUGGAGGUCGGCGUUGCACUGAAGAAGAUAAACUUUGCAAAGGAGUUCAGGGUUGUCGGCGGGGACUGCGUGAAGCCGAAGAAGGACAGUCUGGGCAAGAACCUGUUGCUGGUCUCUCUUUGCAUGACUUUUGGAAUAGAAGUCGGGUUCAAGUUUGCGACUAAGACUGUGAUUUAUCUUCUGAAUCCCUGCCAUAUAAUCACCAUGACUCAGAUCUUCCUGCUGGCCUGCCCGCCGUGUAAAACAGCGAUGAUUGUCUUUCGACUGCAUAUUCACAUGCUGAAUGGAGCGCUGCUGGGCUUAGUGUUCCCUAUAGUCAACACCAGGCUACUGCCGUUUGAGAUGGAGAUCUACUACAUCCAACAUUCCAUGAUGUACUGGGUGCCUGUUUACCUCAUGAGGAAAGGAGGUGUGUACCAGCCCGAGCCUCUGGGGAACAUGUGGUGGGCGGUGCUCUCUACUGGCAUCCUGUUUCUCUACCACAUCCUCUUCCUGCAGCCCCUUGGCCUGGCGACGGAGGUCAACCUGAACAACAUGCUGUGUCCGGCCGUGUCCGAUCCSUUCUACGGGCCGUGGUACCGGGUGUUGGCGACGGGCCACCAGACCGCGCUGACGCUGCUCCACGGGAAGCUCCUGACGUUCCUCGCUCAGCACAGCGGCUCCGCCUGCAGAUACCUGCUGGACACGCUUCCACUGCGCAGCAAGGUCGACUAGACGUCCGAGCACACGCAUCCCCGAGGCUUUGAUUUUCUUUUUUUUUCUUUUAAUCUGCGUUUUYGGGAGUCUUUUAGCUCCRUUGAGCCGARGGGAAGCUUUCCAGGGGCCAAUAAACCCACAUGUCAUUCUUGGUGGCUCAAAUACGUACUUGUGUGUACAGUUUCCAUGCUGGUUGUUARGCAGCUGGACAUGCGCUCACUGACAGGGUUUCCCCCAGAAAACUUGCCAAGCCCGGUGGGAGGGCAGUCCACCAGCGGCCUGCCAUUUUUUUUUUUUUUUUUUUAAAGGUUUUAUUGGCUCCUGUGGCCUUUAUUUGAUAGUUAAUUGACAGGAAAGUUGAUUUUGAGAGAAGGUGAAAGACAUGCGGCUAAGGUCGCCUGGCCAGGAAUCGAACCUGCGACGGCUGCGUCRAGGACUAAGGCCUCCAUACAUGGGCUGUGCUUAACCCCUGCGCCACCACAGCACACCCUUCUGUUUUUUGUGUUAAAWUUUUUUUUAAAGUUGACGGUAAAUUUAUUGUGACUAGGUAACUGUAUGCUGUUUUGAAGGUAUUAUUGACGACACCUAAGCACACAACUGUAGUCUUAAAAAAUACAAACAAAAAUAUCAUUAAUUCAAAUUAGAUAAUUGUUUUUGWACUAAUUUGUCAUUACUUAAUCAGACAUUGAUCUUGUCUUGGAACAAGUUAUGUAAUGCUGGUCACACUCAGCUCCUCAAGGCCCGCCCAGACCUGCAGGAGCCUCCAUGACUGCUUAACAUAGAACUAUCACUUUUGAACAUUUGUUUUUAUUGAGGAUAAAAAUCCUAUAAAAUUUUAUGUAAUUGUUUCAGUAGCGAUAAAACCUUUACAUUCCUUGCCAUUUAAAUUUUAAGAUUUGAAAAAGCUGACGAGAUUACGUUGUGAAAGUUCAAAAAAUGAACUCUUCAUAGUAUGAUUGUUGUGYUACCAUAGYUACAACAUGAUGCUAUGAGUUUAAUCUUUGCGUUUGAGCUUGGUUUUUCACAAAUAAUAACCAAGUACCAGUUKAUCAGUUUAUGGUCAGCUAAUUAAACUUGCCCCCCUCUCAGUAGAAUCUUGAGCCAGCCCCGAUCAUAUUUAAAAGAAAUUAAAAGAAAUGUUACCUAAAAUGGGCAAUGGCAACUAAAUAUACAUAGRGUACAAAAUUCAAGUAUUUCUUGUAUUAAGUUUUCCUUCAGUAAUGUCUGCUGCUUGGUGCAGUGUUUUGCUAGUUGUGAUUGGUUAUUUUUUAUCCAAGCGAAUGCAGUAUUUGCGAGGAAAGCUGUUUGAAGACUAGUCUACGAUUGACUGGUUAACUUUAUCAAGUUGCAAGUGCCGACAAAGAGUCGAGCGCGUGCCAGAACUCGCAUUGAGCGAGCUCGUGGGAUAUGUAAACACAUACGCCUCUCGUUACUCUUUCUUCGCAACGAGAACCUCAAAAAGCGCGACUAUWUGUGAAAUUGUAUCGGCGGCUUGCGUUGCGCUUGCGCGAACCGCCUACYUUGGUACGGCGUUGUCCGAAAAUGAGCCCCAAUGGAGCUCCUUCCAGGUGGCGCGCGCCAUUUGCAAAACUCCUGGAGGCGCAUGACCACCAGACGCCAUGACUGUGCGCGAUGCCAACACGUCGUCGCGCCCAGCUUAAUGCAUCAACCAUAGACCCGUCUUCGCUGUUACUGGUGUAUUAAAAGCUCAUCUGAAAUAAACAAACUAGCGACGUAGGCGGGGCAAAUAAAGCCAAGCUGCCGCCGUGCUUGUAAUGGCGGAAGCUGGGGGAAACCUUGUGAUACAGUUUUCAUCCUGCUGCCUUUUUUUUUUUGUUUUUUUGUUUUAUAAAUGUAACGUCGACGUUGAGUACCUGAAUGUGGCCCCCUGUCUGUGGCGCAGCCGGUGGGACCAUUCGGGUACUCAGCAGGUGGGAGGCGCUGCUUUCAGUUCUGAAUGAGUUUAGUUGCGCUAACUCAUUUUACUGAGUCGUUUUUUAUUUGUCUCAAGUGCGCUUUGAAGCAGAUUUUUAAAUGUGAGUUGUUGUUAAAGUCACUGCUCGUUUAAUAGCGCGUGGAUGCCAAUGUUCUCUUCUGUUUUUUUUUUGUUUUGUUUUUUUUUUUUUUUUUGAAUGAAGAAAAAAAGAAACCAUAUAUGAUCAGGAUAGGAAAUAUUUUUUGUAAGUGGCUUUUAUCUUUCAGUCUCCAGCCUGUUCAAUGCAUUCCAGUUAUGAUAAUCAGGAGGCAUGAAGGACUUCUUACAUGCUGCAGGUUGAAGCGAAGAAUAAUGAGUGAAUGGGUGGGGCUUGUUUCGUUUCUCUCUGUGUGUGUGUGUGUUGUUUUUAUCGUGGUGUUUGACUAUAUCCGUCAAGGUUUAACCUUGUUGAACAUUGUUAGGAAAAAAAAAUUGCCAAUGGCAGGCAGAUCUGGAACUGAAGGUCUUUGCAAAAGCAUUCAUAUCCCUUGUACCUUUUCCUCGUGUUUCAUGCUGCCACCUCCACAUUUCGAUGACUUUUAUUAGGCCGUCAUUAUGAAAGAUGGUAAUUUCUGCGUUUGUGUGAAGGUUUCUUUAUUCCGGUGCCCAAGAUAACAGAUUGCAGUUCUUGCGGUUUUAUGCUAAUCCAUUGCCCAAAAGUGGACAGAGUGUAGCACAGCUACACCUAAACAGCCCAAAGCGGACAUUAUUCAGCAAACCAGUCUGUAUUACAGCGGCUCAGAAGAAGCCUCUGUCUGAAAAUUCUGCUGUUUUUUUUAGUUUUUUUUAACAGUCCCGUGAAGAGGAUGCUCAGGGUUUUCCAUAAUUUUUAUAAAGAAUCCUUCUUUGCACGAUAAUCUCCAGACAUUCCAGAGUAAUCCCCAAAACAGAACCGUUGUUCUUCAUCUCGUUUUUCAGCCUGGUGGACGGUCGUGUCUGGGUGCAGCUGUGCCGUAUUUUACAACCUAGAUAUUAUAACCAUGUGUCAUUUUUUCCUUCCGCUUCACAAUAAUUGUGAAUUUAAUCACAUAAGAUGUGUCACGGUUCGUGAACAAGUGCAGUGGGGGUGUGAAUACUUUUACCAGGCUCUCUUAUGUAUCAAGACACUUGAAAGAAACUCUUGCUCCUACUGUAACAAAUCAUGCAUAAAAAUGUGUACCUUGAAAAUUCAUGUCGUUAAAUCAACACCUAUUAUAGGAAAAUGUCACUCGUAUGUAUAUUUCAUUUCAAGUCUGAGGUGGUCCGUGUAACUGUAGCAUUGUCUUUAUUUCAGGAUCAAAAAGGGAGAGGAAAAACUUUUGUACCUCCAAGUUCAGAUGUGUGUGUUGUGGCAACAAUUAAAGGGAUUUCCAGUGGCCAAAGUU